UGCGUCUUCCUCUCCAUUCCUCAUUCCACAAUUGGGGACGCAGCCUCUCCCGAAUCCCACCGCCACGGCCGCCGCUCGCCGUCCGUCCGUGUCGUCGGUGCCAGAUUCCCUCUCACCUUCCGCGCCCCACACGCCUCCCCCCACCACCGCAAUGGCUCAAGAUGGUGUACGAGGACGGCAGCCAAUCCGGCCUUCCCUUCAACACGAGCAUAUCCACUGAAACAGUAGUGAGAUUUAACGACAGCGCGGGGGACGAGGUGGAAAUUGGACUAAUCAUGAGUGAUAAUUGGGCCGUGCCUCCCCUCGUCUCGACACCUCCCCAGAUCCAAGCCUCUUCCUUCCUGCACAAUGCCCAGCGGCGGCCCCUGUCAUGGGGGGAUCAGGCCAUUGGCGGCGUGUGGCCCACCGACGCGUGGGUCUUCCGGCCAGAGGUCGAGGGCAACCCCUAUGGCGGAGGAGCCGAAGAAGCGCACCGCCGAUCUGAAGAUGAAGCUAAGUACUUCAUCAUAGUCGAUGACAUACGGAGUACAUUCGAUUGGAAAGUUAUCAAUAGUGCUUUGCCAUACAACCGUGGAAGUAGGGUUUUGACGACAACUUGCAAUGCAGAUGUAGGCAAAUCCUGUUCUAUCUAUCCAACUGAUCUUGUCUACCACAUGGAUGUACUUAGCGAGAAGAACUCCAAAAUCUUUCUUCUCAAUAGAAUAAUAACUCUUCAAGAGGAAGAAAGAGGUGCUGAAUUUGAAGAAGUUUCUGGUAACAUGUUGAAUCUAUGUGGUGGCAUGCCACUGGCCAUUAUUGUUGCAGCCAGCUUAUUAGUCAGAAAAUCCAAAGAACUGGCAGAGCUGAAGAUCUUUGGGGAAUCUAUUUAUUCAACAUUGAGGCAAUAUUCUACCUCCAAAGGGAUGACAAUGAUAUUGCACAAGAGUUAUGCUGAUCUAUCUCUUCCUUUGAGAUCUUGCUUUCUGUACCUAGGUGUUUUUCCGGAAGGCUAUAUUAUAAAAAAAGAUCGUUUGAUAAGGUUAUGGGAAGCAGAAGGAUUUAUUUCCAGGACCAAUAAAGAAUACUUGUGGGUAACAGGGGAGACGUACUUCAACGAACUUAUUAGUAGAAGGCUGAUUGAGCCACUUUUUGGAUUUGAGGAUGACCAGGCAUCUGGUUGUAUCAUUCAUGGUGUCAUUCUUGAUUUCAUAAGAUCCUUGUGGAAAGAAGAGAACUUUGCUACCACGGCUGUAGAAAUGAGCUCUGGUCCAUUUCCAUGUGACACGAUUCGGCGGUUCUCGGUCGACUAUGGCAACAAAGAUGAAGCUAACACCUUCUCCAGAAGCACCGUUCACCUUUCAAGCAUGCGAUCUCUAACUGUUUUCGGGGACGUUGAAGGGAUGUUUGAUCCUCUGUUCCCCUCAGAUUCCGAGGAUAAUGAACAAACUGAAGUUGCUCCAGUGUAUAUUCUGUGGUCCUUCAAACUUUUGCGGGUACUUGACCUAGAAGAUAGGAAGGAGUUGAAAGGUCACCAGCUGAAAGGCAUUGGUGGAUUGGUCCUACUGAGAUACUUGGGACUCGCAGGGACUCAUAUCAGCUGGUUACCAGAAGAGAUCGGAGAAUUGGAGCAGCUGGAGACCCUAGAUUUGAGGCGGAACUGGUACUUUGGGACUUUGCCUAAAUCUAUAUUUAAAUUGCAAAAGCUGAAGCAUGUGAUACUCAACGUAAAUGUGCAGAAAAGUUUUAUGAUGCAGGAAUUAGAAGAAGCAAAUAUCAUGGUCAACGAAAGCAACUCACUCGGUACAGUGGCAGAGCUUCUAAGGAAGUCUGAGUGGCUAAGGAUGCUACGUGUAACCUUGGGUAUAUCAUCAUAUGCAACAGAAACCAAUCUCGUGUCUUUCUUCGAUGCAGUUGUAAAGUCCAAGCUCCACUCCCUAUCUCUUAAUUGUGAGUUUAGUAAUGAUGAAAUGGUUUCCCUACUUGUGGAUUCAUGUGCGAAGCUCACUGCUCCAUCAGUAAAUAAAUCUGAGCCCCCAAGAUUUGAGCUCGUACUAUUUUAUCUUCCUCUCAGGCGAGUUCCACCUGAUAUGGACUCACUCUCGAGCCUUACCCACUUGCACAUUCAACUUGAACAAGCAAAAGCAGGAGAUUUCCAUGUUCUUGGGGGCUUGAGUAAUCUAGUUCUUCUCAACUUGUAUGCAAGGAAAUAUUUACUCCAAGGAAGGUUGGUCAUCAAUAAGGGUAUCUUUCCAUGUCUGAAGGUGUUUUCCUUCAUAAUCCAAGAUAGUUGGACGGGUCUGGAGUUCAAAGAGGGAGCCAUGCCACAGCUUCAAAGGCUUUGGCGUACCCUCGGAAUAAUAAAAGCAGGGGAUCAAUUUGAAUAUCCGGAUAUUGGCAUGGAGCACCUCACUUGCCUCACAAGAGUCCAUGUGGAGGUCAGUUGCGCAUAUGUUACUUAUUUGCAGGUGGAGGCUGCAGAAGCUGUCAUCAGAGCACAAAUAUCUGAGCCCACAUUAGUAUUGAGCAGAUUCAAUGGAACUCUGAUGAAGGGAGAAGAGCAACACUCACUAGAAGAUGAAUACCCAAUGUGGAAGGGUAAAGGGCAACACUCACAAGGCCAGAUGUGGAAGGGUAAAGGAGAACAGUACUCCAGUAUUCCAUCUGAAAGACAACUAUUGGAGAGGAUGAGGAAAAACAGCUUACAAUAACUGAAAAAAGUAUCUGAAGAUAAGAUGGAGAAGUACAAAGGGCAACAAGUCAUUAACCCUAGAAAAUUAUCUGAGAAGACCGGCAAACACAAAUUUGAAUUGAGCCCAGUAUCUGAAGACAAGAUGAAGAAGGGCGAAGGGCAACAAUUCAUUGACCGGCAAACACGUAUUUAAAUUGAGCCCAGUAUCUGAAGAGAAGGUGAAGAAGGACAGAAGGUCUCCAGCUAGCUAUGCUGGACGAUGCAGUCACUGUGAGAUGAAACCUUUGCACUGAUGUUCGUUGACUCAUUGUGGUGCACUGGACAGGAUAUUAGAUGUUUGUUUAAUUUUCCUAACUAGUGAUGUCUACCAAUUUUGUAAAUUUUUUUAUUUUCCCUUUUUCUAUUUUUCUGUUUCUUAAUAAAAAAUUAAACAUUUCUCGUGAUAUUUGAUAAAAUUGUGUUCAUGUAUUUUUAA